AUGAGUUUUGAAGCCAACGUACACACAUUGAAGAGGACGCUCCGCUCAAGGACAUUCUGGCAAUGGAUACUAUCCGCCGCAGGCAUAUACCUUCUGGUUCGACUACUAAGACCACUUCCUCAAGUACCUGUCCGUCAUACGUUUGAGCCCUUACACGUCACCCAAGGAGAUGCAGAUCUUGAUGAUGGCAUCGACUGGACGCGCUUUGCUUACAUACAGUAUGUUACGGACAAAGAAUAUCUCUGCAACAGCUUGAUGAUGUUUGAGUCUCUCCAUCGACUUGGCAGCAAGGCGGAUCGUGUGUUACUUUACCCACAACAGUGGGAAUUGAAUCCUCAGCAGAAGACCUGGGAGAGCAUGUUCAUUCGACAGGCUCAAGACAAAUACAAGGUGCAUAUUCAACCCGUUAAGCCUCAGUAUGCAGAGUCACACACCGACGGAACAUGGGCCGAGAGCUUCACCAAGCUGUUGGCUUUCAAACAAACACAGUACGACAGAGUUCUGAGUCUGGACUCUGACGCCACAAUUUUGAAGCCCCUGGACGACCUCUUUUUCCUGCCAGACCAUCCAGUGGCGGCGCCCCAUGCAUACUGGCUGCCUGAGCCUGACACACUUUCAUCGGCGAUUCUCUUGAUCAAGCCAUCAACGCACGAGUUUCAGCGUGUGAUCAAGGCCAUGUAUGAGCACUCGACAUCUAGCGAAUUCUACGACAUGGAAGUUAUCAACGACGUUUAUGCUGGGACCGCAUUGAUCUUGCCGAAGGAGCACUGGGUUGUGUCGGGAGAAUUCCGACUGAAGUCCCAUCAUAAGUAUUUAGACGAGGGCGAAACCUGGGACCCUGAGAGAGUGCUGAACGAGACAAAACUCGUGCACUUCUCAGACUGGCCGCGUCCGAAGCCGUGGUUCCCUGUGUCAGAGGAAGUCCUCCUGAAAACCCUACCUGCCUGCGAUACCAUGCCGGGUUCAGCGCACAAGGACUGUCGCAACCGCGAUGCGUGGAACUGGCUGUACAGCGAUUUUCAAGAGCGCCGAGAGAGGGUCUGUGGGGUGGCCUUCACGUUAUAUUAG